AUGGCGCCAGCGGCAGCGGCAGGAGCCCCACCGUCGCUGGGGGGGCCUGGGAACCGCGCCAGUGGGCCCCCCACGGCAGGUGCACCCGCCCCUAAGCCCGAGCAGGCAGCGCAGAUCUUUUUCGGCAACUUAACGGCGUGGGGCCUGCAGGCCGCCAACUUCUGUCGCAACGCAGGCUUCAAGUACCACCUCAUAGCGCUGGCGGAGACGCACGUCGACGCGAACGGCAUCACGGAGCAGAGUGGCAAGCUCGCCAUGGGCGACUGGAAGCUGUCGGCCACGCCCGCGGUGGCCACCAACAAAUCGGACAAGGGGACCCGUGGCGGCGAGUGGGUCCUCACGCGCAGGGACGUGGCGGCGACCACGUUCGAGGGCUACAGGGACUACUACGUAAAGCGCCACAAGAGGCAGCCGUUCGUGGGCUUCACGCCGACAGUCCUCCACUCCAAGAGCGGCGACAUAGUCGUCCUGGCGGCGUGCCUGCGCCUUGGCCUACGGGACCAAGGCGCGAACAGGGACAUCCUGGUCUCCAUCUCCACCUUCGUGGACAUGCUCAUGGACCCGUGGAUCAUCCUGGCCGACUGGAACUACGAGCCGCACUGGUGGGGCGACAAGCCGUGGCUCACGCGAUGGAACGGCACCGUCCUCACCGACCCGAGCUGCGAGGCGACGUGCGACAAGGGCUCGGGUUCCGUGUACGAUUGCGCGAUCGUACGAGCGGACAUCGCCACGCACGUCGGGAUCGAGGCCAUAUACGACGCCCCCUGGAAGACCCACUGCGGCAUCCAGGUUGCGGUGGGCACCGCCGAGCCGUGGCAGUACAAAGCUACAACGGUUCCCAAAGCCCUCCCCGCACGAGCCAGACCCAAGAAGGUCGCGGACCCGAGCAGCAAAAGGUCCAAGGCUCGCGCGGAGGCGUUGCGAACCAGGAGGGAAAGGCUACCAGAGCACUUGCGCGACGAGUUCGACGCCCUCUACAUCAACCGCGAGACGGCCAACCAGGACCCCGCCCCCUUCGUCAUCCCCCAGCAGAACUGGGACGCGGCCGCCAACGAGGUCAGAAACUUCCCGAAGUUCGAUGGCGCAAAGGUCGGCACCAAGGAGGGCAGAGGACACAUCUUCCACAACCACGCGCCGAACCUCGCGGAGAACAUCAACCCGAAGCACGCGCAGUGGAUCGCGACCCUGGAGCUCGCCGUCCUGGAGACGCACGCGGUCCCCGGCGAGGACAGGGCCAGGUACCAGGGCAGGGCAGAGGGGUGCAGGACCACCAAGCAGACGAUGAAGGCGUCGCCUGGCAGAGCGUACCUCAAGGACCCCGAGGCUACAUGCUGGCAGCACCUCAGCACCCUCGUGGCGAGGUACACCGCGCUGGUCACCAACGGCAAGGGCCCCAAAGCCCGCCAGCACAUCCACAAGACAGAGCACUUCGGCAGGAUAACCGACCCGCAGGAGAUCGAAGAGUGGAAGACCCAGCUCGUCACCCUCGAGUACUGCGACGUGGCUGACUUGCACCGCAUCAGCGCCACCACCAUGGAGUGGACCCACAAAGCUAUGGCGAGAGCUGCAGGCAGAGCGCGAAAACGGUAUCUCGACUGGGCGAAGCAGGCGUGGAAGGACUCACCAGUCAAGCUGCACCGCAUGGUCACCGACCACAAGACGCCGCGCCUCGAGGGCAAGCAGCCUCAGAGAACGGUGGGCGACCCAUCCACGCUCAUGAACCGCUCUGCCGGCACUUGGCGAUCCACCUGGGCGUCCGACAGCUACAACGCCAAGCAGAUCAUCAGCGCAUGCGAGAAGGCCAUGCGGCUCGCGAAGGAGGACCACCUCCCGCUGAUCGAGCCGCAGCACAUACAGGCCAUAGUGGGCACUGCCAAUCCGAAGAAGGUGCAGCUCUACCUUGCGCCCAGGUGCUUGCGGAUGCACGGCUGGGUCAGCGACAUCAUAGACGCCGAGAGGGCCACCGUCGUCGCCUCCAGCCAGACGAUCGCCUACGCAGUGCACGACGGCCUCAAGAAGAAGGGCCACCACGUCAAGGUGGCCAACAGCGCGGUCGACCUCGGCAUCGACGUGGGAGGCGCCAAGAGACGGGUUGUCGUCAAGGCAAUCAAGAGAGCCAGAACUGCGAGGAGGCGCACUCACCGCAUCAUCGCCAAGGUCAGGAAGCACGCCUCCCUCGCCAAGAUUGCGAAGGGCUUGUGGAACACGGGAUCCAGGCGCCAGUCGAUCGCCGAGUGGCUCAACUUCUGGAUGCAGUUCCCAGAACACCAUAGGCGGGCCACGUUGGCGUGGAAGCUGAUCUACGACAAGUCGAUCAAGCGCGGCAACACGAAGUGGAGGAAGGUCAAGGGGCCCAUUUCCGCCAUCCAGGCCAUCCUCCUGGACGCAGGCUGGACCUGCCCGACGCCAACGGAGUGGUCGCGACCGCCGUGGGCAGGCGAGACCUACACCCAGGAGUGGCAGCUACCCCACAGUGGACAAGCCGACUGGGGGGACAAGCGCUAUGACGUGUACCCUGCGGAGCUCGCCCACGAGUUCUGCCUGUCCCUUGAGGGGGGCCUCUGGAGGGAUGCUGCCAAACAUCCACAUGGAGAAGGAUUGCAACGGGGGGGGCUAGACGUCCGCAUAGUUGCCAACGAGAUGGAGAGGUUCACGAGGAAGGGCCAGUACGACCAGUCGACCCCAUGGGUGGCGGAGCGACCCUCGCAGGCCAAAGGCCCGCGCCUCACCAAGCUGCAGCUAGCCAUGCAAUCGAGCCAGCACGCCUUUGAGCUCAGAGCGGGCAAGUACCUCUGUUCUCGGUGCGGGCUCACCACUGACAAGUGUAAAGUACGCCAGGCCUGUGCCACGCCGUGCACCCACCAGCCGCCCCUUCCGUCUGCCAGUGACCAGAUAGUGCCAGUACAGGGCACCAUCACAAUUGCUGGCCGUGAGCUGCACGCCAGCCACAAGCUUCAUUUCAUGCAGAAGUACCGCCUGUACUUCUGCCGCGGGUGCGGUAAGACGGCUACUGAGGAGCAGAAGAAGCUGAAGAGGCUCCUGAUCAACUCCGGGCGGACGCACAGCGCCGCACCCAUGGCGGUGGCCUGCGCCGUGCCGGCGCGCGCCGUGCGCUUGCGCCUGCAGCAGGCGACCGCCGAGCCGUCCUGGGCGGUGUACCUCCCGACGGCCGCGUGGAGGUCUCGGCUGACGCUGUGGGCGGACGAGCCGUUCGAGCAGGGGCACUGCUUCGACGGCGCAGCCGAGGCGCGGCCCCUGCAGGGCCCGGGCCGGGCCGAGGCACCGGCAGGGCCGGCCCGGGCGAGGCGGCCGCGGCUCAGCGAGCAGAGGCCCGUCGGGCGCUGGGUUGGUCGGCUGCGGGCAGAGGCGGCCGCGCUCAGCGAGCAGCGAGCAGAGGCCCGUCGGACCGCACCAUCGAGCGCGGGUACCAGCUUCAAGACAAUAUGUGCCCUCUUUGCGGCGUUGCUCCUGAUAGUCUACUGCACCGGCUGUGGCAGUGCCCUUGUGUCUCUGAUCAGCGCCAAGAGGAAGGUGAAGGCCCACACUGUUGAGUCUGCCAACAUGACCGCCGAAGAGCGGUUCUUCAAAUUAGUGGCCCCCCGCCGCGCGCGCCAGGGCUGCCGGCGCGUGCAGCAGGCCCUGGACGACGCGCGCGGGCCCGAGGCCUGCGGGCGCCUGGCCGCCGAGCUGCGAGGGCACGUCUGGGACGCCCUGCGCUGCCCGCACGCGAACUUCGUGCUGCAGAAGUGCAUCACGACGGCCAGCCCCGACGCGUGCCAGUUCAUCGUGGACGAGCUGCUGCAGAGGGGCCACGGGGCGCUGGCGCAGGCGGCGCGGCACAGGUACGGCUGCCGCAUCGUGGAGCGGCUGCUUGAGCGCUGCCGGCCCGAGCAGGUGGAGCAGAUCGUUGACUGCAUCCUGGACGACGCCGUGACCCUCUGCAUGCACCCGUACGGCAAUUACGUGGCCCAGCAUCUCCUCGAGCACGCCGCCCCAGCCAGCGCCGGGAUCGCCUCGCCAAGGUGGAGGCGCUGGAUGGGAUGCAUCGCCGCGAGGAGGCGCAGGUCGCAGCGCUUCGCAUGGCAAGGGCCGCAUCGUUUCGUCGCGCAGCGGAACAAGAAGUGCUGACCCGCAAGCGCAUCAGGGAGGAAGAGGAGGAGAAGGCGCCCGUGGACGAGUUGAUGGGGCGGCCAGCGCCGCGGUGGUGGGCCCCGCCCUUCCGCGGGCGCCAGAUGGCCUCAGCGACUGCGACAGCCUCGACUCGACGAUCGCGUGCGCGGACGCGAAGUUCGAGCUCGCGGAGAAGCAGCGGGCUACAAUUGACAUGCUGGAGGGGCUGCAUCGCCGCGAGGAGCGCAGGGGG